UAAGCUAUCCCUAUUUUUGACAGCAAUCAAAAAAUAAUUGUUGAAUUUUUCAUUAGAAAUCGGCACAGCAUUUAAAAAAAAACUUUAAAUAAAAUAAAACUACACUAAAAAACAUGGUCGACCCAAAUCGUAAAAUCAACCGUCUCACAGACAAAGAUAUCGAAUUCCUUGACGAAUGUGAGGAGGAAUUCGCCUUCCGUUUCACUGACGAGGAUGAAGAAUUCGUGAAGUAUUGCUCUCAGCCUAUGCCAGAUCCACCAGUUGUUCCCAACUGGGGCGAGAAUAGAGGAUUCAAUCGACAUCAACACAAUGGAAGAGGAGGAGGUGGUGGUGGCGGCGGUGGUGGUCAUAAUCGACGAUGGAAUAACAAUCGCUAUCGCCCCUACGGAGGUGACAACCGCGGUGGCGACCGAAGAGACCACAACCGCGACCAUCAUCAAAGACGAGACAACAAUUGGAACAGAAAUAGAUAGAAUUAUUUAGGUUUUUUGUAUUGUAUUUUUUAUUGCUCAAAAGUGAGAGAAGAAAAAGAAUACUAGUUUUUUUUUUAAUAAAUGAUUUGGUCAAUCCAAAGCAACAAGAAUGGACGAAAGAAUAAAGAAAAGAAAAUGAAGAUAAAUGUUUUUAAAGCUA